AUGGCGGACGUUGCUUCUAUGGAGGCCGAGGUGAAGGAGUUUAUGCUACAGCUCGAAACGGUACAGUCCAGCUUGCAGGUCGACCCUGAUAACACAGAACUGCAGAGUCUAAAAACAGAGCUGGAAGAACUCAUAGCACUCACCAAACAAUCCAUCGACGAGCUACGACCGCCCACCGAGUCUCAUCCUGCCCCAGAACCGGUCAAAGAGAAGUGGUCCAAGGAUAACCAUCCCGCGUACCAGGCCGGAUAUCGUAAACCAGCUCCCGCAACUCCGACAGCCGCCGCAGACGCUACCCCACCGCAGGAAGAACUGACGCAGCCAGCCUCGUUUUGCGUCAACGACAACGUGCUCGCCCGCUGGACAUCGGGAGAUGGCGCUUUCUACCCUGCCCGCAUCACUUCCCUUACUGGCUCGGCCACCAAUCCCAUCUACAUAGUAUCCUUCAAGUCAUAUUCCACCAUUGAGACCUUGACGGCAAAGGAUAUCCGCCCUCUCUCUGCUCCUGACUCGAAAAAGCGAAAGGCUGAUAAUAUAUCCUCAUCACCAGGCAGUUUAGCCCCCAGCAACGCCAACAAUACCAAUAUCGGCCCUGACGGUACAGCCGGUUUACCUGCAGGCCCCGAAUCCAGCGUCAUAUCAGCUGCAGCUGACAUCAACCCCGACCUUGCCAACCAGGCAAAGAACGUGGCUAGCCAGAAUGAUAGCUUGUCACGACCGUCAAAGGCCGCACGCAAGGUGAAGCGGAAGAAGGACCUGGAGGCCGGCAAGAACAAAUGGCAGGACUUCACGAACAAAAGUAAAUUCGGAAAGAUCAAGAAAGAAUCCAUGUUUAGAACGCCAGAAGGAAUCAAUGCAAGAGUUGGCUUUACUGGUUCCGGGCAGCAAAUGCGAAAGGACCCUACUCGUAGUCGUCACACUUACAACCAAGAAGACGACGUCUACUAG